ACUAAUUUUCUCUUGCCCCAGCAUUUUUCCUAGGCUUACAAAAAUCAACUCCUUCAUCCACUAUCUCUCCCAAUGGCAAAAUUGCCUAUGGUUCUAGCAAACGUCAUAAACCGGCUGCACGUGAGACGGCGCACUCGGGGAAAGCUUUGCGCACGGCCACGCGCUCUCACCCACUACACUGUCGAACAAGUUGCGUUUCAGUGGUUAAUUUCAAACCGUACAGAUGUAUGCAUGUGACUGAAUGACACAGAAUUCAUUUUUAUUCAUCUUGAUGAUGUGACAUAAGUCAUUCAAAAACCACUUCAGCACACUGGACAGCGCACCACGGCAGAAUGGAAACCAGAGAAGAGGACCCAACGAGGACCACUUUGCAGCGCACGCGACAAAUCGGCCAACAUUGACUUUGGACAGAGACAUGAACUUAUUGGAAACAUCGCUGGAGUUACUUAUCGUCGUAAUCGUCGUCGUGUCGCUCGUAGCGAACUUGCUGGUGUUGCUAUGCUUCACUUGCAGCGCGGAGGUGCGCGCACAGGUGCCUGGGCUCUUCAUCAUCAACCUGUCUUUCUGCAACAUCCUCAUCGCCGUCCUCAACAUGCCCUCCACCCUGCUCGGGGUCGUGAAGCGUCAAAAGCCAUUUGGCGACUGCUUCUGUUAUACAGUAAGCUUUAUGGAUACUUUUCUGACCACGAACACAAUGUUGAGCAUGGCAGCUCUCAGUAUAGACCGCUGGAUAGCAGUUGUCUUUCCUUUAACUUAUUCCAGCAGAAUGAGACAUAAAGAUGCCCUACUAAUGGUGAGCUAUUCUUGGCUGCACUCGCUCGCUUUCUCUCUCACUGCUCUCCUCCUGUCGUGGGUCGACUUUAACCCUGUUUACGCUUCAUGCACCGUGCACCUUGCAGAGGAAGGGGUCCGAGGACAAUUCGUGGUGUUUACUGUUGUCUUCCACUCAUCUACUUUCGCUAUCUCUCUUUUCAUCCUGUGCUUCACUUAUCUGAAAGUACUACGAGUUGCGCGCUUCCAUUGCAAUAGGAUAGACGUUAUAACGGUGCAGACGCUCCUGCUGCUUGUCGACAUUCAACCGAGUGUGAAACAGCGGUGUAUACAUGAGCAAAAGAAAAGGAGACGGAGAGCCACCAAGAAAAUCUGCAUAUUCAUCGGGUCAUUCGUUCUGUGCUUCGCCCCCUACGUCAUUACACGGCUGACUGAGCUCCUUCUCUCUGUUCAGAUCAACCAUUACUGGGGAAUCAUGAGCAAGUGCCUGAUGUACAGUAAAGCUGCCUCUGACCCUUUUGUCUACUCCCUGUUGCGUAAACAAUAUAAAAAGGCCCUCGCUGGUGUGUGCAAUAAGAUUUUGGGACAGAACUCUUACCCACUCUCUGUUCAGAGCAGCCCAGAAGACACAGCAAGUGAAUAUUACACACAGAAGGUUACCAAGCUACUAAAGGAUAAUUAUUACAAUAAAAAAACAACGGACAUACUGGGGAAUGUGCAGUCAAUUAACGUUAAUAGCAAAAAUACAGAUCUUAUUGCUUCAUAAAGUGAACUAGUAUUAAAAUCAAAUAAUGGCUUACAUUACCAUCCAACUAAUUUAAAUCUUUGUGAGGCCACAAGCCUGUGAAAAAACCUACCACUCAUCAUGGAUAAAAAAUGAUAGUGAGAUUACAUUAUGGGGACUUUUAAGGAGGCCCUUUGGAAUGGGACCCUUUUUACAUUGUAUAUUUUGUGCAACCAUUACAACUUUAAAAGUCUAUUAAAGUUCUCCACAAUGUUUUUGAGGAUUGUCACAGAAGGUGAAGCAUUUGUCAGUCACUGGAUUGUCUUUUCUUAACCUCAGAACACGAAGUUUUGCACACUCAUCUAUUUUAAGUGUAUGCAUGAAAUAUGAAGUAAUGUAGCUAUUAAAAAGUAACAUUAUUAAUAGCCUAGUACAUAAAUGUAAAGUGUGAAACGUUUGUUAUUUUACAAAAUUGUUAAGAUCACGAUGCGUUGCACCACUUUCUUGUA